CAUCAAAUGAGCUCCUUGUCAGUUAUCGAAGCUAAGCUUGAGUCAGAAUCAAAAGCAUUCCAGCAAUUGCAGAAGGAACUUCAAAAGGUCAUUGAGUCCAGACAGAGACUGGAUUCUCAACAGCAGGAGAAUGAGUUGGUGAACAAGGAAUUUGGAUUGUUGAAAUCAGAUGCCAAUAUUUAUAAGUUAAUUGGCCCAGUGCUUGUCAAGCAGGAUAAGUCAGAGGCCACUACCAAUGUCAAGAACCGUUUGGAUCUUAUUGGCAGUGAAAUUAAACGCGUCGAGAACCAGCUUAAGGAAUUGACCGAGAAGUCUGAGAUGAAGAAGAACACAAUUGGCGAACUACAGAUGCAAUACCAGCAGCUUGCAUCUCAAAAAUAAUUCAAAUAUACAAAUAUAUAUACAAUAUGCGUUUAUGCGUUUAUGCGUUUAUGUAUAUGAGUAGUAAUGGUAAUGGUAAUAAUAUUAAUAUUAAUAAAAGUGAAAAACAGAAAUGGCAGGUUUUUCUCUGUUCUUUGC